AUGAAGGACAAAGAGGGACCAACGGUCAUCACAGUGUUGCCAGAGGAUGAUCCAUUCUACGAUAGAUUCACACCAACCAGGAAAAUGAUAUUUGUUGGUAUCGUUGCAUUGUCAGUGUUCCUUUCUCCAUCAUCAACUAUGGCAUUUCUUCCAGCUAUUUCCAAGAUUGCAAAUGAUUUCCAUACAACAGAUACAAUGAUCACACUAUCAAAUGCAUGUUAUUGUAUCGUGAUGGCCAUAUCACCAUGUGUCACUUCACCUCUUGGUGAUAUUUAUGGGAGGAAACCCUUAUAUUUGAUUUGUACUGCUGGUUUUACAAUUGCAACAAUAUUAACUGCAGUUUCUCAAAACCUUGCAAUGUUUUUUGUCUUUAGAUGUAUAACAGCAUUAUUUGGGACUGCAUUUUUCUCAUUAGGUGGUGGUAUUGUUAGUGAUAUUUAUAUUCCACAAGAAAGAGGUCGUGCUAUGGGUAUAACAUUAUCUGGAUCACAACUUGGACCGGCAUUUGCGCCUGUAAUUGGUGGGGUUAUUGUCACUUUUACAAGCUGGAGAGUUAUAUUUUGGGUUCUGGCUGGGUUGGGACUUUUCACAUUUUUACUUUCACUAGUAUUUUUGAAAGAGACUAUAAGAAUAUCAAGGGCAGAAAAAUACAAAAAGGAUCAUGCAAAAGCUUAUUGGGUCCCAUAUAACCCAUUUAGAGUGCUCAAGGCUUUUACUUAUUCAAAUCUAAUUCUCAGUGGAUUCAUGAGUAUGUCAUUGUUAUACAACAUGUAUGGGUUGACAACACCAAUUCCAAAUGUCAUGAACCCUAGAUUCCACUUGACAACUCCUAUUUACGGUGCAUUGUUUUAUUUAGCACCAGGUAUGGGUUAUUUAAUAGGCUCAUUAUAUGGGGGUAAAUGGGCUGAUAGAUAUGUUAAAAAGUAUAUGAAAUUAAGAGGUGAACGGAUUCCAGAAGAUAGAUUAAGGUCAACUUAUGUUUCAUUUGGGUUGGUUCUACCAAUAAGUGUUUUGGUAUAUGGAUGGACUGUUGAAAAAGAGAAAGGUGGAAUGGUUGUACCUAUUAUCGCACUGUUUUGUAAUGGUGUUGCACAAACUUUUUGCUUCCCAAGUAUCAAUGCAUAUUCUGUUGACUGCUUACCCCAUUUAGGUGGUGAUGCAAUAGCUAGUAACUAUUUUGCUCGCUACAUUGCAGGUGCUAUUGGUACUGGUACGUGUUUGAUACAAAUCAGAACAAUAGGUGUCGGUUGGACUAAUACGAUAUCUGCAUUUGUGCUACUUUUUGGGUUUGGAUCGUGUUUAUUAUUGAUUAAAUAUGGUGGAAAGCUAAGGAACAGAUCUAACAACUUUGUCUAG